CGUAUUUCUUCGGCUGCUUUUUACCGACUAUGAAACCUGCUUCGUCUUACAACAGGUCGAUAAUGGAGGAGCAUAAGUUCAAUCAUGUUGGCCUGGUACCUGGACGAGCCGAAGAAAACGCUGGGCGUUAAGGAACUGCGCAGUCUCGUGGGAGUUACGUUCUAUCGGCCCACGUGCAAGGAGGACGGAGAGGCCCGACUGGAAGCGAUCCAGCAGAAGACGGGCUGCGACCAGGUUGAUACCACCCUUUUGCAUCCCUUCGACAGUGAAGGGAGAGCCUUGGUGCGGGAGUCUUCCCGCGAGCACCAGCACGAUGAAGAAGAGAUCCGCAUGAUAGGAGAAGGCGGUGGUUUCUUCGACAUCCGUGACCUCCAGGACACCUGGGUCCGCAUCCAGGUCCAAGCCGGAGACCUGAUCGUGCUGCCGCCGAGGGCCUACCACCGCUUUACGCCCAAGGGAAAGGUGGCCAUGCGCCGGAUCUACGCCACUGGAGUGGACUACUCGGCGGUCCUCCGAGAGGCCUGAGCGCUCGUCUCGAGCCAAUACCACCUACAAGGCCUGCGCAUGACGUCAUCGUUAGUGGACCCCCUUCCCGCACCAGGCGGCAAAUACGCUGGGGCUCGACGAGAGUCAACGCAAAGCGGCAGACACGUCCGCCUUGGCGUCGCCUCGUUCCUGUAGCAUAGCGCUCGUUGUGAGACACUGCAAGACGCGUUGCCGGCGACGCUGACGCGAGCUAAGGGGGACACUCGGUGGAUUCACUUGCGCCGGUCAUUUCUUCCUGGUGGUAUUGGU